AUGUCUCUUAUUUGGACAAACCUUACGGCUAUGGAAUCUGAAGUAACUUACAUGGUCGCACAGGUCAAACGUAAUUACGUCAUUUUAGUCCUAGAUAUAGAUGACCCGUUCAACUAUAGUAUGUUGCGCAGAGCUUCACUGCUGAUGCAGAUUGAAACCACUCGUCUUUUAAAUCCUCUUGAUAAGGUUAAAGUUAAAUCUUAUGAGAGAAAUAAGGUGGCGGUAGAUAGUGGGAUGAUUGUUGAAGCGGAAGUUUGUCAGCUAGAACCUGGACGUUUUGAGUAUGAAACCAGGUGGGGAGGCAGAAAACUUAGGUACUAUUUACCGAAAGGAUUUAGUGAAACGGAAUUCGGAGGACACGAGCUAGGCCAGCACAGGCUUCGGGUGAGGAUAAUCAGACCAACCACAUAUACAGCCAAUGUGGGCGACAUUCCUUAUCUGACACGAUCAAUUAAUUUAAAUCCCAUUCAGCAAGUCCAGGAGUAUGAACGGUUGCUUAGCACAUCUGCAAUAUUUGCAAUGGAGAAACUUAAGUACAAUUAA